GAGAGGAUGUCUUCGAAGAUGCGUAAACUAGAGGGGGCGUGAGUUCUAUCAAAACCCCUCGGUAUCGUGUAUGCGCAAAUCUCGAAUCUUCCUACGCAAUAAAUCUUUCUUUUUCUCUCGGCUCUCACUUCCUAGCCCAGUUCUCAUCUCUCUCUCAAACAGUCGUAGCUAUGUCUCAGGAGGACACUAAACAUGUUUUGCCAUCCAAAGAAGAAAAGAAUGUUACAACAGAGAAGAAUAAUACAUCUGAGUCGUCGUCUGUGGAGAGACAAUCAGGGCAAAGAGGAGCAACCUCAACUCCAGGAGAUGGGUUUCCAAAUCCCUUUGAUUUCUCUGCCAUGACUGGCCUACUUAAUGAUCCAAGCAUCAAGGAGUUAGCUGAACAGAUAGCAAAAGAUCCUUCAUUUAAUCAGAUGGCAGAGCAGCUCCAGAAGACUUUUCAUGGUGCUGCAGCCGAAGAGGCUGUUCCUCAGUUUGAUACACAACAAUACUAUUCCACCAUGCAGCAGGUGAUGCAAAAUCCUGAAUUCAUGACCAUGGCUGAGCGCCUUGGUAAUGCGUUGAUGCAGGAGCCAUCCAUGGCCCAGAUGCUUGAGAGUUUCUCUAAUCCAUCUCAUAAAGAUCAGCUUGAAGAAAGAAUGACUCGCAUUAAAGAAGAUCCAUCUUUGAAACCUAUUUUGGAGGAGAUAGAGACAGGAGGUCCAGCCGCAAUGAUGAGGUUGUAA